AUGACGCAACCCACGGGGCGAGGGAAGAUGGCAGCGCGGUUGAGGGGUUUAGUUUGGGCCAGCCGGCCGCUGCUGCCGGUGGUCCAAACUUGGGACCUCCACGCGCGGCGCUGGGUCCGGGCGCUGCGGCGGAGCCCCGUGAGAGUGGUGUCUCCAUCCGGACAGGUGGUGGAACGUAAACCCGGUCCUGGGAAGCAGCCCCGUAGAGCGGCGGCUGAGACCGGUCCCCACGAGCCGCGACGGAAGCCGUCGCUUCAGGUGCCUCCAUCCCAGAAGCCCUGCACCUGGGAAGAUUCGGGGCUUCGCUAUGAUAAGGCUUUACCCGGAGACAGAAGGCUGAGCAGUGUAAUGACAAUUGUUAAGUCCAGGCCAUUUCGGGAAAAGCACGGGAAGAUCCUGCUGGAAGGUCGCAGGUUGAUUGCAGAUGCUCUCAAGGCUGGUGCUGUACCGAAAAUUUUCUUCUUUAGCCGUCUGGAAUACCUAAAGGAGCUGCCCAUUGAUAAGCUGAAAGGUGUCAGCCUCAUUAAGGUGAAAUUUGAAGAUAUCAAGGAUUGGUCCGACCUAGUAACACCACAAGGAAUAAUGGGGAUCUUUGCCAAACCUGACCAUGUUCAGAUGACAUACCCAGAGACUCAACUUCGCCAUUUGCUGCCCUUAUUGUUGAUUUGUGACAAUCUCCGUGACCCUGGGAACCUGGGGACGAUUCUGAGAUCUGCUGCUGGGGCAGGCUGCAGCAAAGUAUUACUCACCAAAGGCUGUGUGGAUGCCUGGGAACCCAAAGUGCUACGGGCAGCGAUGGGUGCGCAUUUCCAGGUGCCCAUCAUCAAUAAUCUGGACUGGGAAACGUUGCCCAACUACCUGCCCACCGACACCCGGGUCUACGUGGCUGACAACUGUGGCCUUUAUGCCCAGGCGCACAUGUCUAAUAAAGCCAGUGAUUACGGCUGGGUAUGUGACCAACAACUCUCGAAGUUACACAAGUAUGAGGAGGAGGAGGAGGAGGAUCUAGAACCUGGAGCCAGUAAAGCCUGGCUCCCUGAAGUUGAGGUCCAGAGUUAUGACUUGGACUGGACAGAGGCACCAGCAGCUGUGGUAAUAGGCGGGGAGACCCAUGGUGUGAGCCUGGAGUCCCUGCAGUUGGCCGAGAGCACUGGGGGCAAGAGGCUGCUGAUUCCCGUUGUGCCUGGUGUGGACAGCCUAAACUCGGCUAUGGCUGCAAGCAUCCUGCUUUUUGAAGGGAAAAGACAACUGCGGGUCAGGGCGGAACACGUGAGCAGGGACAGGAGUUACCACUGAGAGGGAUCUUGGAAGUCAGUCCUUGAUUUGAGGUGGUUCCCAGCUCCUCCUGCAUUGUUAGGAGAUAGGCAGAAUAUGGUAAUCAGGCCAUAUUCAGGAGGCAAGAGGUGGGCAAGAUGCCAUUAUAUGAUUACUGGAAAAAUAAGAAUUUCCAUGAACUUAUGCUUAUCUUCAAAAGUAACAAGGGUGAGAAUUCUUCCUGAGAUCUCCCCCAGCUCCGGAGCCGAACUUCCUCUCGAGAGAGCCCGGAGAGCAAGCAUGACCCGUGCCCCAAGUGGUGGCAGAGUGGGAUUGCUUUAUGUUUAAGGGGAGGGGUUUUUGCAGGAACAAUCUCUGGUUGGCUGUGCUCUCCCAGGCUGGUGCCCCACUUUGGUCUGGGCCUGGCCAGGGUCACACACAAAUGUCUGAUGCAAGUGGCCCACAGAUUGUGCUUGAGACCCUCAAUGCCCCGUCAGCUUUUAGAAGGUAGAAGAGCCCACAGCCUUCAUAGAGGGCUGAACCCACAAAGGCUCGUCCUCCAGCUUCACAGAGGCCAUGAUGCCUGUCACACCAGCAGGCUAGAUCUGGGAGGCAGCUCAGUACUCCUGGAGUCUGUUGGCAUUUGUUCUGUCAACACCUUGGAAAAGUGCUAAGAAAACGAGGUCACUAAAGGAUGAAGCCAGUGUCCUGCAGCUUUGUCCCUGGAUUAUUGUUCCUGCUGAUUUUUGUUACAAAAUAAAGAUCAAUGACCGAACAACAAA